AAUAGAUAAAAAUACACAUGAAUGUGAAGAAGUUACUGUGAUUAUUAUGGUCAACUUACCCCAUACACAGGGGUAAGUUGACCAUAGGAGCCCACUUUUUUUAUGGCAUGCUAUAUUAUCAAGACAGUUAUGUUUACACUCAUUCUGUUGGUUUGCAGGGAUGCACAACAUCUUGAAAUAUAUGCAGAUACACUAGUUAGAGACAAAAACAUGAUUGUCUUGAUUUAGUGAUCUGAAAUAUGGAAACUUACUCAUCUUACCCCACUCUCCCUACGAGGAAAUGAGGGGGAAAGGAAAGGAGGUAAGGAGUGAGGGGAGCGGACUCCAGAGAGCAGCCUGUAAGUGAAGUUUAUUCAGUGUUUGAUGUUCCCUGAUCUCUCUUUCAGCUGAUUAUCGAAUAAAACUCCAAAAGUUUAAUCUCCAUCAUAUUUAAAUCUUUAAUUAUUAGAUUUCCACAAACUAUAUAUGCUGAAACAUUUUUCUGUGAUCACAGAGAAACAAAUCAAAGACUGCAGCAUGCUCUGAAUCUGUGGAAUAAAGGAGCUGCUCAGGUUUCUUCAGUGGAGCUGCAGGUGUUUGUAAUCACACAGGUGUGUCUCAGGUGACUCCUCAAUGUGUGUGGAUCAGUGUACUGAUGGUCAGAGCAUCAUGAAGCUGUGUGAGUUCAGUCUGCUGACUUUGAGUCUGUUUUACCUAAACACAGGUAAGAAACAUCUGACCUCAGAUCAGAUUAAUGUGUAUUAUUUAUAUAUAUAGUAGAGUUAGUCUGUGAUUAGUUCAAAUAGAAGUAAUCUGACCUCCUAUUUCUGAGAUCAGCUGACCUCAGAUCAGACCAAGGUUUAACUUGAAACCCUGUCAGAUUAAAACAGAUUAAACUAUUGAAAUCAAACUGUAUCUAGAUUAAACUCAGUUUAAUGUAAAACAGAUACCGAAUGUAAAUCAAUAUUUGAGGUGUGUUUUCAGCUGUUUCAGUUCUGAACCCUUCAAACCCCUCAGCUCUAAACGUCUCAUCUGGAGCUGAUCCUGGAUCAGGUUUGACUUUAUUUUUCUCACAUCCUCUCAGUUAAAGCUGCUCUCAGAUCAGUUUGACCUAAUUUAUCUGAAACUGUUGAUCAGACUACUAAAACAACACAUUUUAUCCACACAAACUGCUAUAUUUAGGAACCAUGUAAACAGAAACUCAACUCAGAGUCUGACUGAUGUCAAAUCCUGAAUUUAAACAUGUUAAUCUGAUUUUAUUUGGUUAAGAGUGUGAUUUAUUAAAAUGGUUUCUUAUGUUUAUUUUUGUCUCUUUUAGAUAAAAUAUUCAAUCAGACCCAGAAUCAGAAUGAAACUCAGACUUCCUCUACACAAUUUGGAUUCAGCGGUGAGAUUUUAGUGAUUUUUGACAUCAGAUGUUAACUUUAUUUAUAAAACAUUGUAAAAACACAGGUAUCAAUUCCAUGUUAUGAAAUGUCCUCUUUGUAUUCUCUGUAUGCUCUACAUCUGUUUUUAAAUAUGUUGACUAUAAAUACCUCCACCCCCUCACGUAAAAUGGUGUACAUAAACCCUCUAACAUGAUCUGCGGGGGCAGGGUCAGACCUGGCAGGGAUCCGGGUUUUCAGCCCAGAACAGGAGAUGGAGACCCGGAUCAUUGGGGGGCAGGAAGCCUGGGCUCACUCCUGGCCCUGGCAGGUGUCCCUCCGGUUUGCCUCCAUGCCAGCCUGCGGGGGCGCCAUCAUCGGUCCACUGUGGGUCAUCUCUGCGGCUCACUGCUUCAAGAGGUCAGAGGUCACCUGAUGGACCUGGAUCAGGCCUGAAUCAGACCUGGAUGAGACUCUUUGUUUGUUCUGUGUGCAGGUAUAACCGAGCCUCUUUCUGGACGGUUUUGGCAGGGAAACACGACCUGGAUAAUCCUCAGGAACCUGGACAACAGGUGAGAUAAAGUUUAACUUACACACUGUGAGGAGGCAGACGGCAUCCAUUCUAUAUACAGUCUAUGGUUAAAGUCAAUCUGGUUACAGUGAAUAAUCUAGUUCUUGUGUCCAGCUCGUUGGGGUCUCCAUGAUUGUCUCCCAUCAUGCCUACAACCCUCGUACCAAAGAGAGCGACCUGGCUCUGCUAAAGCUACGUCAACCGCUUGUCUUCAACCAAUUCAUCAGACCCAUCGACAUCUGGACUGCCCCCCUGCCCCCACAAAGGAUUUGCACCAUCACAGGCUGGGGCUCCACCCGAGAGAGUGAGACAUUUUUAUUCAGCUUUAAAUCCACCAAAACCACCCAAAUCCUCAGUUCCUGUUACAUACAAGGUGGACUAACUCUGGUUUCUCAGAUGGUCCUCGAGUUCACAGACUGCAGGAGGUAAAUGUGACCAUAAUGCCCCCUGAGGUCUGUAACCGGUACUACCUGGGCAGGAUGAGACCCUCCAUGUUCUGUGCCGGGAAGGAAGGGGGAGGUGCCGAUGCCUGCCAGGUAAGACUGAGGGACAAGAGGGACCAGCAGAGAAUGGACUGAGACAAGAUGGGCUAAAGAGUUAAAAUCUUAAAGUUAGACACCCUGUCGAAAAUGUUGACAACCGCUUGCUUCUCUAGUUAAACCAAAUUUAGUAACGACCGCAAGACAGCAAUACAGAGAGCCACGCGCUAAACCAAAACGCCACUCUAUAGCCACAAAUAAUGCUCAGAACAGCACCUAACUUCAUCAACAGUACAUAUAGAGUCCCAGCCACCAAACAUCUUUUUAGCUUUGCCUCAUUUCUUUAGAAAAGAGACUGAACACAACUCACCCUCUCUCCUCCAGCAGGCGCUUGUUUGUACGGAGACCCCCAGGCGAGUCCAUCCACUGCAGCGGGGUGACGCAGCUCAAGGAAGAACAUUUUUGAUCAUUUCUUUAUCAGUUCCUUGAAGUAAUAAUCAUCAUAUUAAUCAUUUUGCACUCUCGACGGGGUGUCUAACUCGGUGUUAUGGUGUGUUUGACCCUAAAUUACUUUUACGCCAGAACAUCCCUUUUAAGGUUGACUGUCCCUUCUCUAAUGUGGACCUAGUUCAGUCAUUAUCUCCUGUUUUUGUGUCUAACCUUGUCCUGGUGUCUGUCUAAGGGGGACUCUGGCGGUCCUUUGUCCUGCUUUACCGGCAGCAGGUAUCAGCUGGCAGGUUUAGUGAGUUGGGGGGUCGGUUGUGGACGGGCCAGAAGACCAGGAGUCUACACCAAAGUUCAGCAACACACUACAUGGAUGUCAAACGUCCUGAGUGAGUGUCUCAGAUGAUUGACAGGUCAUUUUUUACCAGAAUAAGGUGUUCAGAAGUUUGAAGAGGUUGUACUGUGUUUUAUUCAAAGGUGAUCCAAACGUCCUGUACGCCGACGACUCCACGACUGAAGGUUCUAACAUUAGAGUCUGUUUUUAUUCCAAAAUCAUAUCUUUGGGGCUGACAGUCCAGUAACUCUGCCCACUCCGGCAUGACUGUUUGUUCACCUGGACACAGAGGACAGGUGUGGGAAGCAGCAGAGCUCCAGCUGUCACAGGACUCCAGGACUAGCUUCUCUCUUUGUGUCUCAGAAUGGGGAGGUUUCUGUGGGGAACAUCUCAGAGUCCUGCCCCUUCUACUGGCCCUGGCAGGUCAGCCUGCAGUCCGCUGGACGCCACUACUGCAGCGGGGUGCUGAUCCACCACCGCUGGGUCCUGACUGCCAAACACUGCAGUGUCAGGUACCGAUAUGUAGCCGAGCCAUUCCACCAAAUUUAACUUCUUGUAUGGAAAUAUCUAACUCUGUCCCUGACUCGUCUCUGCAGAGCCAAAGAGGACAUGGCAGUCCUGGGAGUCCACGACCUCCGCUUCUCCGCAUCUCAAACCAUCCCUGUAGAUGAGGUCUUCAACCUUCCUGAGGACCACAGCUUUCCUCCAAAGUCUGACCUGUCUUUGAUCCGCCUCAGUGUGCCAGCCAGAAUCAGUAAAAACACACAGAUGCAGCAUUUUCUAAGAAUUUUUACUUCCUGUUUGGUGUUUCCUGAAAUUGUCCUCUGGUCUCAGGUUCCAAUGUAUCUCCGGUUUGUGUCCCUGAUGAGGACGAGGAGUUGGACAAAAGCUGGUUCUGUGUGGCAACCGGCUGGGGCCCCAACAGGGCGGCAGGUAGUCUACAUGCUUUCUGUCCACCUGUGUCUGUCUGUCUCUGCUUCCUUACUAUCUGUGUCCUCUUGUGUCUCAUGUCCUUUUGUAGUGUACGUUGAUCCAGAUCGGCUGCACCAGGUGGGACUAUCUCUGGCCAAUCAGACAAGCUGUAGAGAGAAGUGGGCGGGGCUAAUUGAUGACUCCCACAUAUGCUUUCAUCCUGCAGGCUCAGCCUCAUGCAUGGUAACAUCUCAGAAAAGAGUUGUUUCAUUAGUUUGUCCAUAAAGACAUACAGUAUGUGGUCCACAGUCCUGUUGAUGGACUUGUCCUCCCUUUUUUGCAGGGGGAUCAGGGAGCUCCUCUGGUCUGUAAGAAGCGCAGCUCCUAUUUCCUGUUUGGUGUGGUCACGUGGGGCAGCGGCCGAUGUGACCCAGACAAACCCUCCAUCUUCACCAGAGUUCCAGAUUAUCACUCGUGGAUCUCGGGGCUGACUGAAGACACCUGA